CCUGAGCCGACUUCCGGUUCUGUUUCCCGCCACCGCCGCCAUGUUCCUGCAGUGCUACGAGAACGAGCGCGGGGAGCGCGUUUAUACCCUCAAGAAAGUGUCCCCGGCCGGGCUCCCCACACGCUCGGCCCACCCCGCGCGCUUCUCCCCCGAUGACAAAUUCUCGCGGCACCGCCUGGCCCUGAAACGGAGAUUCGGGGUCCUGCUCACCCAGCGGGGCCGGGCCCUGCUCUGAGGGACCCCAAAAUCCCCCCAAAAUCCCCCAUGGAGCAGAUGGAGCUCACUCAAACCCGCUGAGCUGAACGGCGUGGGAGGAAGGGGUUAAACAGGAGGAAGUUGUGACUAUUAAAGGAUUUGGGAGCUCGGA